GGAAUCCACAGCAGAUUAGUAGAGUCCUACUUUGAGAAGGUGGUCGCGUUCAUCUUGGAAGUGCUCUAUAGGCGUUCUACACGCUCCACACGCUCCACACGCUCCACACGGAUAGGUGGAGCCUUGUUCUUAAAAUUACAAGUUUAACUGGUUCUUAUCGAUCUUGCCAUGGCCUGGACCGGGAAGCUGCUGAUUCUAUGCGGUGUACUCUUCCUGGGAUGCGUGCUGGCCGAGGAGAAGAGUGAAUCCGCCAGGGUCGCCUGUUACUUCAGCAAUUGGGCCAUAUACCGGCCUGGAAUUGGGAAGUAUGGUAUAGACGACGUGCCGGGGGAUCUGUGCACUCACGUGAUCUACUCCUUCAUCGGCGUGAGCAACGUCACCUGGGAGGUCCUGGUCCUGGAUCCUGAGCUGGACAUUGAUCAGAAUGGCUUCAAGAACUUCACUAAUCUCAAGUACAAGUUUCCGGGCUUGAAGACCCAAUUGGCCGUGGGGGGGUGGGCCGAGGGUGGCCGCAAGUACAGCAACAUGGUGGCCGUGAAGGAGCGUCGGGACAGUUUCAUUAGAAGCGUCGUCGAGUACAUGCACAAGUAUGAUUUCGACGGAUUCGACCUGGACUGGGAGUAUCCUGGGGCUGCUGACAGAGGGGGCAAGUUCUCCGACAAGGAUAAGUUCCUGUACUUUGUCGAGGAGUUGCGCAGGGCCUUCGACCGGGAGGAAAAGGAUUGGGAGAUAACGAUGGCGGUGCCCUUGGCGAAGUUUCGAUUGCAGGAGGGCUACCACGUUCCCGAACUCUGCGAAAACUUGAACUUUAUACAUGUGAUGUCCUAUGAUCUUCGUGGAAACUGGGCAGGGUUCGCAGAUGUACAUAGUCCACUGUACAAGCGGCCACACGAUCAAUGGGCUUACGAGAAACUGAACGUGAACGACGGUCUGCAACUGUGGGUCGAUAUGGGCUGCCCAGCGAACAAGCUGGUAGUUGGAAUUCCGUUCUACGGGCGCAGUUUCACCCUGAGCAACAGCAACAAGAACUACAAUCUCGGAACGUACAUCAACAAGGAAGCAGGAGGCGGUGCUCCGGGUAAUUACACCCAAGCCAAAGGCUUCCUGGCCUAUUACGAAAUCUGUCCCGAAGUCAACGAUCCGGAGUCUGGCUGGACCAAGGAAUGGGACGCCGUCGGCAAGGUCCCCUACGCCUACAAAGGUACGCAGUGGGUCGGGUACGAGGAUCCCAAGAGCGUGCAGAUCAAGAUGGAUUUCAUAAAGUCCAAGGGUUACGCGGGAGCAAUGACCUGGGCUAUCGAUAUGGAUGAUUUUCAAGGGCUUUGCGGGCAGACUAACCCACUGAUAAGGAUACUCCACGAUAACCUCAGGAAUUACAAAGUCCCAAGUCCUUCGUACAACACUACACCCAGGCCCGAGUGGGCCAGACCUCCCAGUACUCCGGCCUCGAAGGACGAAGGCAAGUACAAGCCUACGAAGAAGCCUCCGGCACACAUUACCGAACCUACGACCAGGAUCCCGACUCCUGCUCACAAGCCAAUAUCUGUCACUACGCCUUGGAGGGAGACCGAGGAGACGACGAAGCCUACGAGGCCAAUGAAACCCACAACCACGACUGCCAAACCCGUGACUAAUGAAAUUGAUGAGGAUUCUAAUGAGAUCAAGUGUGCUGACGAGGACUUUAUGCCGGCGAAGGAUUGCAUUCUGUAUUACAGAUGCGUCUAUGGAAAACCAUUGAAGUUCCAGUGUCGCGAUGGUACAGUCUAUAACACAGGAAAAUUCAUAUGCGAUUGGCCGGAGAAUGCUGACCGCGAAGAAUGCAGGAGAAAAUAAUUAGACAGACGGAUCGUAUUAAUUAUUUAUAAGGAGGAAGUUAACUUUUAUGAAAAUUAGAGUAAUAUUAAUUAAUCGAAGACAAUGAUGACUCAUAGGUUUUAUAUAGAGACUGAGCUGUACGGAUAAACUACAGUCAUAAGUAAUGCAAAGUUAUAUAUAAUAAAUAUAUUACAAUAUCUCUAA